AUGACAAGUUCGGACGAAAAAGACAUUUCAAAUUAUAUGCGCUUUUUUUGCACAAGAAUGGUUCAAGCAGUAGUGCAAGCUCGAAUGGGGAAAAUGCAUCCCUCUCCGUGUGUCCAAGCUUCGGAUCAAAUGAUUUGGUUUAAUUUAGUUAUGGAUGAAAUUGGGGAAGUUGCUGCUUAUUUGAAAUCGACUAUUGGAAGAAAGUUUGUGAAUUUUUUGAAUGACUUAUUUUUUAGUUAUCCGCCCGAUUGUUCUGUUUUUUCGUUAGAAUUUAUUCUUUUGACGGCUGAUGGAGACAAAUUACCUUUAGAGACUUGGCUUGUCAGAUUAGAUAAAGAAUGCGCAGACAAAUUUGUAAAUAUCAGAACUACUUUAUAUCAACAAAUGUCAACUUUAUUAAAAUCAAUAAUUGUUGCCUCAAGGUUCACUCCAGCAUAUAGACAUUAUGUACGCAAUCAGGGACCUGAUACAUUUAUUUUUUGUUAUAAAGUAUUUGAUGGAGAACCAGAUUUAUCAAUUCUUGGAGAAGAAACAAAAUAUAGACGUUUGGGCUAUUUACCUUCCCCAUUUGGAGCAAUUUCAGUCGAAUUAUAUUUUCGAACAAAAAUGGAAAUUCAACCACAGCCGUUUGUUCCAGAAGAAGAAAUUUUGGAAGAAGAAAAGUCUAGAACAAAUAUUGGAAUAGCAAUACCAAAUGAAGGAAGUAAAAUUGUUCCGGUUAGCCCUACUUCUUUGGACAAUAUUAAUUUGUUUAGCACAAGUCCUGUUAGUCAGGAUUUACAAUUCCGUGCUUCCCCAAAAUUUAUUGUUGGGAGUGGGGGACAUUCCUUUUCGUCAGUUGGAGCUAUUCCAAGUGCUGUAGCAACAACAACUUCUGGUACAAAAUCUGAUCCUACAACAACAAUGAGAAGUAGAGCAGAAUCUCCACCAACUUCAAAUAGUUUUCCUGAAAGAAAUUCAACACCACACCAAAAAUUGCGUGUUAGAAACAAUUCUUUUCCAUUUUCUUCACUUUUGUUAUAUUCUAGAAGUUCUUCUGAUCAAUUAAAAAUUUUACCAAAUGUUCCUGAAGACGAUGCUUUAAACACAACAAAUUUAACUUUUAAUCCACGUGGAAGCAAUAUAUCCCUCGAUAAUGAUAAAACUUUGGUUAGUAAAACAGAAGAUGUUAGAAGAAACUCCUCUGCAUGUACAGAAGAAUUUGUAGCGUUUACAAUUAAUGAAACUUCUAAAGAAGAAGAAGAGAACAAUAAUAGACAACAAACAUCAAAAUUUUCUUCUUCAAAAACAUCAUCAAUAACAUCAACAUCACCAACUAAUGAACAACAACAAAAUAAUAUAAAAUUAGAAAAUAAUGAAAAGGAGGAAGAGGAUGAUGAGGACGAGGAAGAAGAAGAGGGAGAGGGAGAGGAAGGUGGUUGUUGUUCAAGUGAUAAUUCUUAUGUUAAAGUAAUUGCUUUUGCUUCUACAAACGGGUCAAAUUCUGAAUUGGGAACAGAAUUGAGUGAAUUUUUUAAAGAAGUUAGAUUUGCACCUGAUAAAUUGACAUCUUUGUGUACAUCUGAAAGUGCUGUAGAAUUGAAAGAUCAGGUGGGAAGGGAAUAUUUGAAAUUUUUUAUGGGUAGAAAAGUGCUUGUCUCAAUUUAUUUAAAAAUUUAGGAAAGCUAUAGUUUAAUUAUUAUGUUUAGGGGGUAUGCCUAUCCUUUGUCCGGAUUUUUCUUUUUUUUUUUUUGGUUUUGUCUUUCGAUUUUUUUAGUCUGAUUUGUGACACCUUUCUAUUGUAUUGUCGAUUCAACCAAAUUUUCUU